AUGAUUUCGAUUAUCUUUGCUGCCGUUGCGAUCUUUGCAGUUGGCUCGGCGCAUCCAAUGGAGAAGCGACAGGCCAAUGGUCCGUGGAGUUUAUAUGCAUAUGGCAACAACAUCGACGGGUUGCCCAUCUUCUAUGCAGAUGGUCAAGCUCAGAUCGGUAAUCUGGCCAUGUCAAAUGCAACCAACAAGUUCACAGUUUCCAUGACGUUUGGCGACAACCGAAACACUUGGGUUGCUCACCCCGAUACCACGACCACCUCGAACACCACUACUGAGUCUACCAUGUUCACCACAGCCGGUGUGGCCUCCAACACCAAUCUGCUGGGAUUGAGCGAUACUGGCUUAAUGGCUUUUCCAGUCAUCUUUACCACCCCGAGCGGCCAGGCAAGUAACAACACAGUUGCCACAAACACAACCAGCAUGUCAGCACCACAAACCAACGUGUGGACUUUAUAUGGAAAAUAUGUUAUGUGCAGCCAGGACAACGUCAACUUCUACGCCCAGCCCACAGGACAAGAUGGGUGGUAUAUAUUGCUAUGGAGUGCAACGGCAGAUGCAGCUCUUAGAAAUACUCCGGUGACUCUGAGAACCAUCGGUCCUGCCUCUGGCUAA